AGCCCUUCCCACCUCAACUGCCGUGGGUAACGGUAGUGUCCAUGCUAAACCUUACCACUGGCUAGGAGAGCUACCAGUUAUUAGUGAACCAAAAGAAGAAGAAGAGGAGGAGGUGAAGGAGGAGGAGGAAGAAGAGAAAAUAAAGUCCUCAAUACCUAUCAAUAGGACAGAGUCUCCUUCUACUUGGAGGAGAAGCGAUUCGUACGAAAACUUUCAAGUAACUGAUCUCAUGCCACAGAUAUCACAGAGUCCGAUGUCACCAAGUCCGUUGCUUCAUUCGGCCACGCCUCCUCUGACACGCCCAUCCACGCAACGUUUGUAUCAGACCACGCCUCCUCCACGCCCUCACUCUGCUCAGCGUAACUAUCCCUCGUUGCUAAAGGUAGCUCAGAGCGAGGAGGACCUACUCAACGAGAGUGACGACCAAAAGAGAAAGAAAAGACGACAAAUGACGUUGAGUGUUCGUAGCUACGACACAGACACUCCAGUUAGUACCGGUCACUUACCCUCAAUGUUAGUGUAUGAAGUGGAGGAAGGGACCCAGAGAAGACAUAUUGUGGCACUUAACACUUUCCAUGCAACGAAGCUUAGGAAGCAGCUGCCCUCGUACACUAAACUCCAUAUUUAUAAUGACCAUACUUUUACAGCUACACACAUUAAAGGGUGAGGCAUAGAGAGAAUGCUAA